ACAGUCGUCGUAGCACGUGGGAGUUCCUCCUACGCCAACGGAAGGGUCGUACCAUCCUCCUGAGCACUCACUUUAUGGAUGAAGCGGAUCUGUUAGGCGAUCGCAUAGCCAUCAUUAGCGACGGUCAACUCAAGUGCAUAGGCAGUUCACUGUAUCUCAAACAGGCGUAUGGGGCGGGCUACCAUCUGGUGUGCACAGCGAAGCGUGGGACAUCAAAGAUUGCCGAUUCCAUCGAUGUGAACGCGUUAACGCGUCUGAUCAUGUCGUUUGUUCCUGUGGCGAAGCUAGAGUCAAGUGUGGGCGCGGAAGUCACAUACACCAUGCCCUCGAGCGAUGCGAAGGUCUUCCCUGAUCUGUUAAAAGCGCUCGACGACUAUUCUGAGGUAGAGGAUUAUGGGUUGAGUAUGACCACAAUGGAAGAAGUCUUCCUAGCUGCUAACGGAUUCAGCAACCUGACGGACGACGACAACAACGGUGAAACCGGAGGUGCACUUGAUAUGCCUGAGAAAUCCGCCGACGGGCCUAUGACCGAUGUCACGUCCAAACAUGAUAUGUACGACACAUCUGCCAAGUCCGCUGACUCGGUGGGAGAGACGGCGGUUGCGUCUGUAGAGAUGAAGCCUGUAGCCAAAUCGGGAAUGCGUCAAAAGCUGUUCCAGCCGUCGCCUCUGAAGACGGGCAUGGCACUCAAGAAACAACAGUACACUGCCAUGGUGAAGAAGCGCUAUGUGCACUCUAAGCGAGAUAAAGGGGCAGUCUUGUGCCAGUGGGUGUUCCCCAUCAUCUUCAUGGUGUUGGCCAUGGUACUUGCCAAGACCAUCAAGGAAGACUUUGACCGACCCCCCCUCACCUUCAACAUCAAUGACCUCGAUACCAGCAGCGUGCCUAUCCAGAACCUGAACGCGGGCAACGCUCUCGCGGACUCUGUGGUCACCCAGCUCACGCAGGAGUUCAGUCCCACACUCGUGACCACGGUGGACCCGACUACCAACUUCACACUCAACUGGAUCAACACAGCCUAUACAGACUUGGAGGCUACCAUCUAUCCCGGUUACAUAAUACAGACAACCAACCCCACGGGCGGAGACGACGGCAGCCAGCUACUGUUUGUGACUGAGUACUUCCAGAAUCUGGCCCUCCAUGGAUCGGCUAUCUACCUCAACGUCCUCAACAACGCGAUUGCUCGGGUGUAUGUACCAGGCAUGAGCAUUACCACCACCAACCACCCUUUACCACUCACAGCCGCUGCUAGGAAUGAGCGAAUCGAGGAAGGAGGCCAAGAGUUGGCUGUGGCCAUCUUCACCAUCUUCGCCAUGUCCUUCUUAGCGGCCAGUUUCGUGACUUUCGUAGUGGAUGAGCGUCGCACCAAGGCUAAGCACAUCCAGUUUGUGUCGGGUGUGGACACAGUGAGCUUCUGGCUGGCUACGUACACGUGGGACCUAAUUAACUACUUGAUCCCGGUGACCGUUAUUCUAAUUAUCAUCAUCGGCUUUCAGGUGGAGUACUACACAGGGUCUAAUUACGGGGCUGUUGUGUGCUUGUUCCUGCUCUUCGGGUGGUCUGUGAUUCCCCUCAUGUACAUCUGCUCCUUCGGCUUUAAGGUGCCAUCCACUGCCCUGGCCUCCAUGAUUCUGUUCAACAUGUUGCUAGGUCUGGCUACAUCACUGACGACGUUUAUAAUGGACCAAUACGAAGAUCUCGAGGGCGUCUCAGAGAUUCUGGGCUGGGUGUUUAUGUGCGUACCCCACUAUUGCUUGGGUCGUGGACUGAUGGAUAUCUCAUACAACCAUUUGGCUAGCCAAGUAGCCGGCUAUGUAAGCCAGAAUGACCUAUUCUCCGGAGGCUUCAACUACUCACCUCAGAGUGCGCUCAGCUGGAAUGUCUCGGGAAAGAACUGUCUGUUCAUGUUCCUCGAGGGAUUUGUCUUCUUUGGAAUUGUGCUGCUUAUUGAGUACCGGUUCUUCAUCCGUAAAAAGCCGACCAAGGUACGUGCAAUUGUCUUGGGGUGUGCUCAGAUGUGCAUGCCAUCGUCUGGUUCUCAGUCAUGUAUGUCCAUGCAAUCAUGUAUAUACCUGUGUGUGUCAAAUAACAUACGCAUCACAUUCAAACUAUUCAGGCCUCCAGGUAUCAAUGGCGCGGGUAAGACGACCACCUUCAAAAUGCUGACGGGUGAUCUCAGCGUGACGUCGGGAAACGCGUACUUAGAGAAUUACUCCGUCGUCUCCGCGCUGAAAAAAGCGCGCAAGAACAUCGGCUACUGCCCACAAUUUGACGCACUCAUUGGGCUGAUGACGGGACGUGAGACACUGCAGAUGUACGCCAGAUUGCGCGGCAUCCAGGAUAAGGAGGUCGACGAUUCGGUUGAGGCCAUCAUUCAGAUGCUGCAAUUAGAGAAGUGGGCUGACCGGCAGGCGAAAACGUACUCUGGUGGUAAUAAACGUAAACUGAGUACCGGUAUCGCCCUGGUUGGCACGCCACCGAUCGUUUUCUUGGAUGAACCGACCACCGGGAUGGACCCCGCGGCUAAACGGUUCCUAUGGAAUACACUCAACGACGUGCGUGCGCAGGGGCUUGCCUUGGUACUAACUUCGCACAGUAUGGAGGAAGUAUCGGCUAUCUGCACACGCCUGGCCAUCAUGGUUAAUGGAGAGUUCCGGUGUCUGGGCAAUCAGCAGUACCUCAAGAAUAAAUACGGAGAUGGCUACGCGCUGGUGGUCAAGGUUAACAGCGACGCCGAUGUAAAGCCUAUCCGAGAGUUCAUUACCACUAACUUCCCGACAAGCGUGUUGAAAGAAGAGUAUGCCAGGAUGGUCUCAUACCAGAUCGAUGUGAAAUCGGACAAUAUGUCGUUGUCCGAAGUAUUCAAGAAGAUGUCGGACGCAAAAGAGACCCUCAACGUAGAUGACUUCCAUGUCAGUCAAACAUCACUGGAACAGGUCUUUAUACGCUUUGCUAAGACUGAUGCGGCGUUGAAAUCGAGCACCGUGUCUCUCGAGAAAUUGUGCGAAAAAGACGUUAUCGAUGAUGACGAGGCGCGCGUUGCAACAACCACAGCCGCGGGCGAACCAUUUGUCGAGCACAGCAAUGCCGACGACAAGGACGGCCUAGAGAAAGGAUCUAGUUCAAUUCAGAAGAGGAGUGAUGGUAACUAUGGCAACCACAGAGACCUGGAUGGCGAAUCAGAUGGUGUGGUCAACGCAGACAGUGACGACGAGGGUGUGUCAGGGCAUGUAGUGUAGUUAGAAGUAUCGGAGAGCACACAAAAUGAUCUGGAUCCGAUCCAGCCGCAAGACACUUGUAGUGGGUAUACCGGAUACGCAAGCGAUGCUGAGCCGAUUGGACACUUUGUUGGAGCUCUACAUAUCUCGCACGGUGCACUUGAGAGUGGUACUGUAAGCGGAGUGACACGCUAUCUAGUAUGCGGAUGGGUCUGUUCGAAUGAUCAAGGAAACACCUCUCUGGCGUUUGGUGUGGUUUUGGAGACGCGAAACACAAAACACUUAAAUGUGACGAGGAGCAGUCUCUAGAAACCGUCAACAAAAACACAUGUUGAUUUUUUAAUGGGUCAGUCAGACGCAUGUGGGUGUGGAGAUCAGAUCGCGAUGCCUCGUGAGAGCGCUAGAUGAAGUGCCCAACACUACAGUGCUUUGCCUUUGCAAGCAGCGGCUGCGACUGUGUAGUCGGUUGAGUUUAGUCAGCGCUGUCAAAUACAAUAGAAAAGAAAGUUGAUAAAUCUUGAAACCACCACAAAUAGAGCCACCGACACACGCCACCAUUAUUAGUACAACCUACACUUCCAACCUAAUCAUACUCGCGUAUUUUUGUUUUUCCCACUACUAUACUACAUAAAAAUAAAAACAAAAUAUAUGUAAUCACGUCUCAAGACUCAACCCCACACCCGCCACCACUAUUAGUGCAACCUACUCAUACUUGUGAAUUUUUUUUCUUCACUACACUACAUAUAAAUAAAUCACGUCUCAACCCC